UCGACCGAGGCAGACGGAGCAGAGGAAGAAAGAGAGAGAGGAGAAAACAACAGAAGAAGAAGAAGAAGAAGAAGAAGAAGAAGAAGAAGAAGAAGAAGAAGAAGAAGAAGAAGAAGAAGAAGAAAAGCAUCAUGGACGCUCUGAAGAAGGGACUCAACAUGGCAAAGGAUGGAGUUGUGUCCGCCGCCGAGAAGACGAAGGCCGGCGUGGGUGAAGCCGCUGCCAAGACCAAGGAGGGGGUCUUCUACGUCGGAAACAAGACGAUGGAGGGAGUGGUGACCGGAGUCAACACAGUCGCCCAGAAGUCGAACGAACAGGCCAACGUUGUUGCCGACACUGCGGUUGCCGGGGCCAACGAGGUCGCCCAGGCAGCAGUGGUUGGGGUGGAGAGCGCGGCGGUGGCGAGCGGAUUCGUCAGCGUGGAGGAGGCGGGACCAGUGGCUGAGGAGGCCGACCUCCCAAAAACAGAAGCAGGGGGAGAAGAGACUGAACAGGCGGCACAGUAGAAUCUGGUCCUCACCCACCUGCAGUCACUGUUUCUUCCCGUCCAAUGGGCAACGAGAGAAGAGGAACCUUGACAUUUUAGCGGUCGCUCAAUCCUUUGACCUCUGACCUCUGAUCCUCCCCUUCAUACUGUGUGUAACUUAACCUCAUUAACCAAUAGAUUCCCUCCUCCUCCUCCUUAUCAUCAUCACACACACACACUAAUGACUUUAAUCAGGUCCUACGCGUCCAUCCUCUUAGCUGAUUGGUUGGUGUGCGAUGACAUCAUCUACAGGGCUGAAUGUGUCCCACAGGCCCCGCCCCUUUCAAAUGCAUGUUGCUUUACUGACGCACACUUAAGAUAAUAGAAAACACACACAUGAAUUUACGAUUAAUCCUAUAAUACACACACACACACACACACACACACACACACACACACACACACACACACACACACACACACACACACACACCUGCAGUCCGUGUUUCUUAUAU